AUGAGUUAUCAUGGUUCAGGUGCCUUCGGGCAACCGGUAAGUCGCCACCGCGGUGGCCCUCCUGGUCGUGGAGACCCAAAUGGUGGAGGUUCUUAUCGUGGUGAUGGCUAUAACAGCAGGGGAAAUGGUAACGGUCAGUACAACCAGAGCCAGAAUUCUUAUGGUGGUGACCAGUACGUCAGGGGUCAAGGAGGACAACGUGGCGGAUACGAUCAAUAUGCUGGUCAUGGAUCAUCAAGUAGCGGCGGCUACAGUGGUGGCCCUGGCGGCUUUGGCGGACUUCGCGGUGCCAUUUCCAAACAAGCUCCCUUUGCUGGCGGAGCAGCACAACUGCGUCCUCAACACGACUUUUCAAGUAGACCGGAGAACAUGAGGAGGAAUAUGUUGCCUGGUCAGGGUCAUCAAGGGCAAUAUCAACAAGGACAGCAUCAUCAAGAUGGUCGCACUGGCCGC